UUCCCAUCCUUAGCUGUUGUUUUCAGAGCGUCCAUUUGACCUGAGACCCCCUUCCCCCGUCCGUCUCCCAGCUAAAGCCAGGGGCUUAGGCAAUAGUGGUAACCUUUGUCAAGGCCAGUGACACUCGGGCCAUGGACGUCAAGUACAAGCCGGUGGCGUUCCCCAACGGGUCCGCGAAGAAGCCAGUGAAGCCGGCGGCGGCGGCGGUGGCCAUGGCGCCCCCGCCGCCAUCGUCUCAGGUGGUGACGUACCAGGACUGCCUGAGGAACCACGCGGCCAAUCUGGGCGCGCACGCCGUCGACGGCUGCAGGGAGUUCCUGCCGACUCCGGAGAACAACCCGGCCGACCCCUGGUCGCUCAAGUGCGCGGCGUGCGGCUGCCACAGGAACUUCCACCGCAGGGUGCUCGUGGAGGAUUCCCCGCCGCCGCUGCCGCAGCAGCGCCGCGGGGAGGAGGAGACGCCCGUGGAGCGGCUCCCCGGGGUCGACUCUGACUCCGACUCCGACGGCUCCGGCUCCGGGUACGACGACGAGCGCUCCAUGUCCCCUCCCCCGCCGACCCAGCAGCAUCAGCCGCCCGUGGCGCACAACCCGGCGCCAGUGGCGCAGCAACCGCCGGCGCCGCCGGGGGCGUACUUCAGCCCGGCGCUAGCGCCCGCGCCGCACAUGCUGCUCUCCCUCAACUCCUCCAGCGCGCCGGGGGCCGCGCAGCAGAGGCUCCCGGUCUCGCCGGUGGCGGCGGCCCAGAUGGUCCCUGCAGGCCCAGUCCCGGCCCAGCACCUCGGGGCGAUGCCGAUGAUGCCGGCGCAGAGGAAGCGGUUCCGGACCAAGUUCACCCUGGAGCAGAAGAAGCGGAUGCAGGAGCUGUCGGAGCGGCUCGGGUGGCGCCUCCAGAAGCGGGACGAGGCCAUCGUCGACGACCGCUGCCGCGACAUCGGCGUCAGCAAGGGCGUCUUCAAGGUCUGGAUGCACAAUAACAAGCACAACUACCUCGGCGGCCACAGCGCCCGCCGCAGCGCGUCCGCCUCCUCUGCCGUCGCCACCACCACCACCGCCUCUGGAGCCGACGCUGCCGCCGCCCCGCCACCACCGUUCAAUCCCUCCGAAGCCCCCGCCGCCACCGGCUUCAACAUGAACGGCACCGGCGGCCACCCAGUGAACGGAGGAGCUUCUUCAUCGCAGUCGGCGUAAACUAGAGAGAGAGAGAAUAGGGCAGGCCGGGAGAGAAGAGAAGGAAAGAACAAACAAGGAGUACUCGUAGCUUCCAGUGAUCAUUCCAUUUCGUUUCUUUAUUUAGUAGUAUUUCGAUCGAUCCAUCCAUGUGAGAAAUUAACCCCAAGAAAACGAGGGGCCGCGUGCUGUCUAGAAAUCUAAGCUCCCCCUCCCUCCCCCCUGUAUGAUCUUGGGAUCCGACGAGGAAUGUAAUUUAGGAUUAAUUAGAUUAUCCCCAUCUCAAAAGUGGCACCUUUCUUGGUUUGUUAUUGUCGCUGCCUGUAAGUUGAGCAGACCUGCGGUAGCUGUAGGCGAGGGUUCUCUUCCUCCCAGUAGACUUUUAGGAUCUCAUGCUCACGUACUGUGAAGAAUUCUUGACACAGAAUGGAAGCAGCCUCCUGUCUCUCA